CUUAGCUAUCUGACUGAGUUAGGUAUUGAAAAUAAUUUAAAAUAAUAUAUUAAUGUUUUUUUUAAAAGUGUAGACUAUAUUCAAUAUGUUACUGUGGUCUUGGGGCGCUAAUUCUCACGGCCAGCUCGGUUUAGGAACUGUCAGUGAACAAGUAGAUAAACCUACAGUAGUGAAUACGGAGUUUUUAUGUGCUAAUAGUAUAAAGCAAAUCUCUUGUGGUGGUGGCCAUACUCUGUUAGUUGACAGUGCAGAGAAGCUCUUUUCUUGUGGAUGGAACUCCAAACGGCAAGUAGGAGAGAAUGAAACAAACGAAUUUGAAAGAAUAUGGCCUUUAAGUGGUAUAACAUUUACAAAUAUAGCAUGUGGAUGGGACUUUAGCUGUGGUGUUACAAACAGCCAGCUGCUUCUAGUGUGGGGUUCUAACAGCAACGGUCAACUUGGCUUACCUAAAGAACACUUUCCAGAGCCUCAGAAGCCAGUUAGGCUGCAGGUAAAUGCAUGUGCUGUAUCCAUGGGAUUACGUCACACUGCUAUCAUAAAUUCAAAAGGUGAUGUUUGGGUCACAGGAUGUGGGAAACAUGGUCAGCUAGGCCUUGGAAAAGACAUACUGUCGUCAGAUAGAUUCCAGCAGGUGCCUAAAAUUGGACGGAUAUCACAUGUAGCCUGUGGGCAAAAUCAUACUAUUUCCUGGUCCUCUGAAGAGCAUGCUCUAUAUGUCUGGGGUGACAACAGACAUGGCCAGUUACUAUUAGGGGCAGAAAAGUUUAAAAAAAUAUUUGUCCCUCAAAAGAUUGAUAUUGAUGUCAAACGAAAUGUUAAAAAACUGUUAAGUGGUUGGACAAACGCUUUGUUGUGGUUGGAAAAUGGAGAACUUCUCACUUGGGGACGAAAUAACUAUGGACAGCUUGGUACUGAUGAACCAUUUGUGGGAAAAAUUGUCCGUGUUAAACUUCCAGGUGACAGACAAGUAAAAGAUGUUGCCCUUGGGUCAGAGCACACUAUUUGCCUGGCAACAGACAAUACAUUGUGGGCAUGGGGAUGGAACGAACAUGCUAAUACAGGCACAGAUGGUGGUGACUGCGUCUCCUUUCCUACUAGAGUGCCUUUGGACAUAGAUACAAAUACAGUGAUUACUAAUAUCUAUGCCGGGGGAGCCAGCAACUUUAUCAUCACUAACAAGGAUCAAACAAAGGAUGAAACUAAUGUCACCACUGUUAAUAAUGUUCUUGAACAGUCAUAGCAAUAACUUGUGAUAUUUUCAAACUUUCUAGUCUCACAUUGUGACAGUAUUUUUACAUGGUGUAACCAUAAAUGGCCACUAAAAGGUGCUCAGUGUCAUAAUAAUUUUAAUUGUUAAUAAUUAUAUAAACAAAUGUUUUAUCUUAUAUGCAAUUUUAUUAAAAAUUUACAUGUUCUAAAACUUGCAUGAUGUAAAUAACAGAUAGUGACUAAAAGCUUGUUUAACUUCCCACUAUUGGGAUACAGUAGGUAUAGAAUACUGCCAGUUACAUUCACAGCUGUUGAGUUUCGUAUAACAUUUAUAGAUAAUAAAUGUUAUUGCAAUAAUAAUACAACUAGAACAAAGAUUUUUCAAACAUCAAUCCAAUACUUAAUGGGGUUAUUACAAACACUAAUUUGGAGUUAUAGUAUCAAAAUUAAAACAGCACAGACAUUUAUCACAUCAUAAAAUCUAUAGGAUUAUUUCUAAGUAUUAAAUGGCUUAGUUGUAAAGUACAUUUCGUUUGGCCAAAACCAACUACCUUAUAAAAAGAAAAAAAAUUGGAAGCAUUUUCAUGUACUAUACAAUAAGCAUCUUAUAUCUAAUAAAUUGAGGUGAAACAUGCAUUUAUAUAUUUAUCUUUUAUUGUUCUUGCAUGGUACAAGAAGAAAGUGGAUAUCAUAAUUGUUUUUGAUAAAAUUAAUAAAUUUUAACAUAAAUUAGUCAUAAUUAUUAUAAUAUUUUAUGACUAAACACUCAACGUUACCCGCCGUUAAUCCACAAAUGAAUGAUUCACCUCAAUGUAUAUAGUCAUUUAUAAAAUAUCCUGGUACUAACUAAUAAAAUGACUACACUGAUAUGCAACAAUGUUGUUAUAAGGGGUGACGACUUCUAAGAAACACAAGAUCCUUUCAGCAGAAGGAAUUUUGAUUUCAUGUACUAUUUAUUAAUAUAUACUUAGUCACCAGCAUGAAAGAGCGCCAAGAAUCUAAUUACUUCUAUAUUUAUAUUUAUCUUAGAAACACAAACAGUAACUUUGAUGUAAUUAAAAAAAGACAUGUCACAGAAUUUAAAACUAUAUUUUGAUUGUGUAAAAUUGCAUUGAAAUAUUCUGUGAAUGCAUGAAGGAAUAAGGUAUGCUGUCAGUGUUACCAAUAUAAAGAAAAUAUAGGGAAAAAACCUUCAAAAUUCCAUUCCAUUCUCGCUUUUCUUUUUGCUAAAAUGGCAUUGAUGUAUGAUGAUGAUAUGAGCCUCGAGUUCAGUACCAUAGUAUUGUAUGAUUACUGUCUAACCGUGCAGUUGUUAUAUUAUGGUUUUUGCAUCAACCAGCAGCUAGCCUCAUAAAAGUAUUAGUAAGUAAUAGGAUAUUUUAAUAGUAAAUGUCAUAGAUUAGAGCAGCAUUGAAACACUGCAAUGAUCACUUGAUGGUGUAGCUUGCUACCUCUUUCUUUCCCCUUUCUGUGUCUUUCUCUUUUCUUUCUUUUCUUCUUUUAAUUGUUUUUGUUUCUCCCUGAAAAUGUAAGUUUGAUUAAUUUAAUUACAGAUUAGAGAUGGUAUUAAUAAACUAAUCUCAGCUUUGAGACUGCCCUCUAGAUCAUGUCAAUGUGAAAGUUUUAUAUAAAAACAGGGACUUGAGCAUAGUCUUGAGGGCAGUCUCAGUUGAGAUUAGUUUAUUAAUACCACUCUUAGCUAUAGUAGCAUAAUUGGAAGAUUGCUUGACUCUCAUUCUGAAGUCACAUUCAAAUCCAGCAUGGGCCUAAACCAAUGAUUUUCAAAUUUGUUUUUAAAUUCAUUAAAUGGAUCAUGAAUGUGUGCUCAACAGUGAAGGAAAACAUUGUGAAGAAACUCACAUACAAAAGAAAUAAAAUAUGUUUUCUGAGGUAUGUGAUCUCAUGCAAACUAUAAAAUACAUUGAUGCAUAACGCAGUGCAACAAUUAUUUAAAUUGUGCAAUUAUUGACAGCCACAAUUCUAUAAGGUUUUAUAAUUAUUUUUUUAUGUUGUCUCUUUUUUAUGAAUUAUAUAGGAAGUUUCAUAAUA